AUGACGGUAGCCGACGGCGAAACGUUACCGCUCGUCAUGCCCGUCCCGGCCGAGUGCUGCCUUCCCGCCGACGUGGCCUGCCCAUCCCCGGGCUCUCUUAUCCCCCCUGCCCCGAUAAACGGCCAGCAGCCCGGCGUGGCCACGUCGUUCCUGUACAGCGGCUCCCAGUUUCGGGGCUACCAGAAGAGCAAAGGGAAUGCUUACGGCGUGGAUGUUGUUUUGCUGCACGUGACUCCGGAGGAUUCUUAUUUGUGUGGAUAUCUGAAGAUCAGUGGACUGACUGAGGAGUAUCCAACACUCACAACCUUUUUUGCUGGCGAAAUCAUAAGUCGAAAGCGACCUUUUUUAACCAGGAAGUGGGAUGCUGACGAAGACGUGGACAGGAAGCACUGGGGGAAAUUUCAGCCUUUUUAUAAAGUGGCCAAAAGCUUCAACUCUGACGACUUUGACUACGAGGCGUUGGAGCGCAGCGAUUACAUAUUCAUGAGAUGGAAGGAGCAGUUCCUGGUUCCUGAUCACACCAUCAAGGACAUCAGCGGGGCGUCGUUCGCCGGAUUUUACUACAUCUGCUUCCAAAAGUCCACUGCAACUAUUGAGGGUUACUACUACCACAGGAGCUCUGAAUGGUAUCAGUCCCUAAACCUGAGCCACGUCCACGAGCACAGUAUGCCCAUUUAUGAAUUCCGAGGUAACGUGACCCAGCCUUUUGCCACAGAGACGUACAGGUGCGUGGCCCCAUACGAGACCAAGGACACCAAGAACAAGCCAUUCAAAGUAGCGCUGAAUGAAAAAGUUGACGUGCUCAUCAAGGACAAAGCAGGCUGGUGGCUUGUGGAGAAUGAAGACAAGUGCUUAGCCUGGUUUCCUGCACCGUACCUAGAGAGGACGGACGAUGAACCAGAGGAGGACGAUAUCGACGGACUUCCCGAAAGAGGAUUGUUUUACACCGUGACCAAGAGUUAUAAAGCCACCAACGAUGAUGAAAUAACAGUGAGCAUCGGUGUCUCGGUGGAGGUCCUGCAAAAGUCUGAAAACGGCUGGUGGCUCAUCAGACACCAGGGAAAGGCAGGCUACAUUCCCAGCAUGUACUUAAAGCCCCCGAGCCAUGGCCGCAUGUUAGGUGGCCACCACGGGCGCAGCAAUCCCACUCCACUGACCACUUCCACCCUCGCGGUGCAUUCUCAGUUGAUGAGCCGCUCUCAAGAAAACCUACGUAGUCCAAACUCCGUCAGGCCUACCUCACCCAACCUCCUCCAACCCCAGAGCAAGCAAUUGUCCAAAUCCGCAGAGGUCCUAAGCCAACCUGUGACUACUCUGCCUAUCUCCAAGCCAGCCGUUGCCAUACCACCCAAGGCGAGGCCUGUCCCACCAAGACGCCCCCAGUCUCCCGAUGCAAGACAAAUCUCAUUUCCUAAGGAAAGACAAGCCUCGCCCUCCAAUGGAAGACAAGUCAUGCUUCCUAUUGAAAGACAAGACUCAGCAUCCAAUGGAAGACAAGUCAUGCUUCCUAAUGAAAGACAAGACUCAGCAUCCAAUGGAAGACAAACUUCACUUCCUAAUGAAAGACAAGACUCAGCAUCCAAUGGAAGACAAACUUCACUUCCUAAUGAAAGACAAGCAUCACCUUCCAAUACCAGACAACCCUCACCUUCCAACGCAAUGUACGUCCCUACGCCUAUCAUCAUGGUGGAAAACGAUGCGGAUAGUGAUCUUCCCCAUAGCCUGAUCGCUGACAGCGAAGACGAGUUUACAAGCGACAGCGACUUCAGCAGUGACGAAUUCAGCUCCUCCUCACCAAGCACGAGCCUGAGCAUGAGUACCGAUGACUACCGCCUGCGCCGGAGCCGCACACCUGAGCCGCCGGCGAAAAACACCCUAAACCCACAAAGAGCCACGAGAGGCAAAAUGAUGCCAGCGGUCUCCGACCCAAACAUCUUCGAGAGCGUCUCAGCGCCCAAAGCUAGCAUGAACCUGAGCAUGAGCACUGACCACUACCGCAUGCACCAAAGUCCUGGCCCUUCGUCGCCUGUCAGAAACACCCUAAACCCAGAAAGUGCCAUGGGGGGCAAAAUGAUGCCCGCUGUCUCCGAUCCGAACAUUUUCAAGAACGUCUCAGCACCCAGGAUGCCACCCAGGCCGCAGUCCCAGGAGAUCCUCACCCGAUGUACCACAAUCACCCGCAAGAACGCCAGCCGAUCUCAGAGUCCGACACCCACUCCCAUACAGAGUCGGUAG